AUGCCCCAGCCCAUGCAUCCUCAGGCGUCUUGCGAUCCUGUAAAAAUCAGAGACUUUGUUUCUCUUCUAUUGUUUGGUUCUGAUGCCACGACGUUGUGCGAAUCGUGGACCUCAAGUGGUUUCAGCCUCUGUUCAGCGUUCGUUUCCAAUUACCAGCCUGAGGCCUUGUACGUUUCGUUUUCCCAAACGGGGUUUGAUUUUCUAUCUGAAAUCCCACUAGACCUCCCGUCUUCAUGUCUGCUUUCGAUCUUGCUCAAGUCUGAAGGUCCGAUCACGUCCGAGCAGCCGCUUGCGACGCAGAUCCAGCUCUUAAGCAUUCCGCAUCCUCAAUCAACAGAUGACGAGACACGCUCGUCUUAUGGCCUGAUUAGCCGCUUUGUGUCCAUGGCAUUGGCGCCCUAUUUUGAUUAUGUUUCUCAUAUGGAUCCAGAUUCCGCAUCUUCUUCCACAUCGCUUGCCAUGGCUAGGAAAAAGUUCUCGGAGCUCUCCUUCUCCUUACAACAGCUCCAGCAGCGUAUACACGUGCCAGAUUUGAUGCUUUCUGUCAGUCCGAUGGUAGCAAAGGUCCUAGACAAGGCCGAUUCUGUUGAAGACCCAAGUGUGAUUGGGGAUACAGCAUUUUUAAACGAGUUGACAAAAACCGUCAAUGCCUGGUUGCGGCAAGUUCAAUCAGUGACACUAAUAGAAAGAAAUAAUGCCGAGGUCUUGUCAAUUCAGGAAGAGGUUCUGUUCUGGAACUCAAUGGAAUUGGCGCUUGAAUCCAUCAAAGAACAAGUGUCUCAACCAUCAGUCAGGAGAGCCAUUGAGAUUCUCAAUGCGGCUAAAAGAUUCCAAGUGACCUUGGCUUUUCAAAAUAAUAUAGGCAUUGUUGAGAAACUAGACGAAACAAAGGCUUAUAAUGUUCUCCUCAAGGAUCUUCCGAUAAACGAGAUAAUCUAUUCCAAAGACAACGAGCUUGACCUCACAAAAAUGGAGAGCGGGAUUAUGUCCCUUUUCAAUCAUUUGAAGAAGUGGAAGAACCUGAACACUUUUCCAUUGGUACGCAUGAUUGAGUUGAUUGAGCUACUUCUUAAGGAAAUCGUUUCCAGUUUGACCCGUAUUUUGUUGAACAUGAAUCUCAUGGCAAUGCCUUUUGCAGCGUUUGAAAUUGAAUAUUCGGGUAAAAUCACACUGAUAUUCCAUAUCAUUGAUGUGAAUGUAAAAUUCAUGGUCAACAUUAUCAGAGAGCUCAUGAGAAAGAGACAGGAAAAGUUUAUGAUUGUGAAGAUUGACCAGCAUCUCCUAACUGCUUUACAUGAAAGAAUUGAACAUCUACGUGAUUUGAGAAGAAGACAUCAAGAACUUCUUCACCUAUUAUCAUUUAUCGAUGAUGAGAAUAAUUUAACUGAAGAAAUCACGUUGUCAUUCAGUAAGAACAUCGCAGCAGUUGAUGCAUUUGACUUCUCCAAGCAAGGUACGUCCGUUUUACAAGCAAACGAACAGAUGUAUCUCGAAGCAAGUCUGCGAGUUCUGAAUGCUAUAUCCACGCAUGUAAAUUACAAGCUUCUGUACUGUGAUGUCUUUUCCGAUUUUAUUGCAUACUUUAUGAAGUUCCAUGAAAAUGGUCUACUCAAUUCUACCUUAAUCGUCAAUUUUGUGAACGAAAAGCAUAAACUUCGACUAUUAGAUAUUGCAUACGCAGACAUCCAGUCGCUUUUCAAGACUUCUUAUUAUACCCACAAGGAAUCUAUUAAAAUUCCGAAAUCUGUCAGCCUCAUUGACUCCGGUUUAUCGUCUUUAAUUUGGGACAUGUCCAUAAAAAACAAAUUGGAAUUCAUCACUCGCACUCUCACGAGUAUCCUAGGAGAAAACUGGAAUAAAUAUUCAACUGGUGCUGACAUCGAACAAGAGAUAACUUCGUUUUCCCAGAAAUUGAGAAUCAAUGCUAUUUUUGAAGAAUGGGUAACUGAUGUCUCGAAUGCUAUACGAACUAAUAUGAGCGCAACUCGCAUUUUGAAAGUCGAAGAGACUGAUGUUCCUGGGACAGACAUUUCUUCUACCCCCAAAGUCAAAGUCAAUUUUAAUCAAGAGAUGACUACUUACAUUACCCAAGCUCAAGAUCUCAUGAGCUUGGGCUUCGAAAUACCAAUGAACUUACUUGUUCAGUUAGAAAAGGUUUGCUCAGCACAUCCACUAGCACUCUCUUUACAAGAGCAUAUUGAUAUUUUUGAUGUUGCAGUUACUGAAUUUUUGUUGCAUCUGAAUGCUGGACGAAAGUUCGGUUUUAUGUUGGAAUCACAAAAGAAAAGAGUCUUUGAGAUGAUGCCUAGACUAAUGUACGUUGAGUGGUCCUCUUUAUGUCAGGAAAUUGCCUUGUUUGAGAAAGGAGAGGGGGCAACCGAUCAAUUCUCAGCAAAUGAGUUUCAGCUUACGUAUGUUAAGUCAUUUCAAGAUGAAGUAUAUCAGCUUCAUUGUAUGUGCAACCUGAUACACAGAACGUAUGAGGUACUUGUGCAAGAACACUACGCCAAGCUUGAAGAGUGUACAUUUUCGGAAGUAUCUAUACAAGAAACUUUAACGGUGAUACAAGAGGAGGUGUAUCUGAUAGCAAAAUCAACCUAUGAUGAUAUCGAGCACUUCGUGGAAGUGGUGAACGAGGAUAUUAUGCACAUAUUUUCCAAGAAAUGCAGCGAAAGAUUACGCUGUAUAGCAAAUGCUAUUUCAAAAGAAGCGAGCGAUAAUUUUGAGGAAGUUCAGAUUUCGACACACUUUCUAACGUUUGAAAACAACAGUUUUCUGAUCUCCCCUCCUCUUGAAAAAACAAAGCUGUACUGGAUAAGCUUGGUAGAUAACACUUUUCGCAUUUUGGCUCAGCAAAAACUCAUUAGCCUCUCGUCUAAAGAAUCUAGACUUGUACUUCAAUUUGAUGAAUUUUUGUCCAAAAGCAUUGAUCAAAUAAUGAAAAUAAUCGAUGCAAAGUAUUCGGAGGCAGCAAAAUACCUUCAAGAAUGGCGCAACGUCCAACAAUUGAUCUCACCAGAUGGAGAGAGCGCACACCAAGACGACGAAGGCCUCCAAUCAUGGCUUGUUCUUAUAAACAGAGUCAAUAAGUGUCACAGCUUGAUCCACAACUCGACAACCGUACGCCAUUUCGGAAAUAAAAUGGAAAUCAGCUUCUCUGCAAUUCAAACUCGAGUGGCUACUUAUUUUGAUGUUUUCGAAAAGGGUGUGUUCGAGAAAUUCUUAGUUCGUGUUCACAAUAGCACUUCCCUGCUUCUUAAAAAGCUUAAUGAAGCAGUGAAAUAUUUAUCCUCACAAUUUUCUAUUACCCAAGAUGCCUCGAGAUCCUUGAAGAAUGUCGAGGUAUUUUUCUCACUUGUUGAUGAGAGAAAAUCGUGGCUUGAAGCAGUUAAUCAUAUUUCUACAUGUCAAAGGAUACUCCAGAGACGAGGAGUUUCUGUACCCCCUGACUGGAUAUACGUUGAACAGUUGGAAAGUACAAUAUCGAACGUGAAAUCACUUAUAAAAUCAUGCGAGGAAAUUAUCGAACAGAAUAUGGAUGUUCUUCGGUUGAGCACACAAAGUGAAUCUGAUCGUUGCUUAAAGAUUGUGAAUAAUAUUGCUGAGGAAUGGCAACAAAAGAAGCCAAUUUCAGCUCAUUUACAACCAAAGGAAUCUUUAUCAAUUAUAGCUAUUUUUCAAACUCGAUGCAAUGAGGUCAAGAACAAUAUCUCAUCUCUUUCUCGUGUAUCCUCAUAUUUGAACAUUGAUAUUAAUCUCGAUUCAAAUCUUGACUUUAUGCUGGAGGAAGUGAAGGACUUAAAAAAUGUUUGGACAUCCUUACUAUCUUUAUGGAAUUCGCUCAGUGAUAUUAAAAGCCAGAAGUGGACCAACAUAAAUGCGAGGACUUUAAAAUCUCAACUUGAAGAACUUUUGUCCCAAUGUCGAGCAACACCUGUGAUUGUGCGUCAAUACUCCGCCUUUGAGGAAAUCCAGAAAUCGGUUAAGAAGCAUUUGAAUGAGUUCCCGCUUCUUUCAGAGAUGAAGAAUCCUGCAAUAAAGCCACGUCAUUGGAUUCAAAUCUUCAGCUUAACAGGUGACAGCAAACAUAGAGAUCUUGAGUCUAUUCUGGUUGGAGAUGUUUUAAAAAUUAAUCUACAAUUGCAUGAACUGAUGAUAAAAGAUAUCGUAAAUCAAGCGAAUGGGGAAAGAAUUAUUGAGGAAGGGCUUAAAGCAAUAGAACAAGAGUGGGAAAGUAUACUGUUCGAAACGUUCAACUACCAGAAUAAAGUUAGACUAGUGAAGAAUUGGAAUUUUCUAUUUGAACAAUGUGAAACAAAUUUGGGAACGUUGUCCAGUAUGAAAAACUCUACCCACCAUGGACCGUUCGAGAUCGCAAGAGCAGAACUAGAAGAUAAAAUGAAUCGUUUGUUGGGUCUCUUUAAUUUGUGGAUUGAAGUUCAGAGCCAAUGGAUGUACCUAGAUGGUGUUUUCGAUAAUUGUAAAGAAGUUCAAUCUUCCUUACCUGUUGAGUUUACUCGGUUCAAUAACAUUACCUUUGAGUUUAUUACGUUUUUGAAACGCAUUAACAAGUUCAGUACUGUUAUCGAGGUCCUCUCCUAUAGGGAAGUCGAGAAAACCAUGCAAAAGAUCUCCGAUACUUUGGUAAAAACUCGUAAAGGGUUGACAGAAUUCCUUGAAAAGCAGAGGGAAAUGUUCCCAAGAUUAUGCUUUGUGGGAAAUGAUGACUUACUUGAACUCAUUGGAAAUGGUACGAAUGUGGCUAGGCUGGGAAGACAAUUGAAGCAAAUGUUCUCUGGUAUUGCAUCUGUGGAAUAUGACUCAAACUCAUCUAGUAUCACUGCUUUAAUCAGCCCUCAAGACGAACGAUUAGAAUUGGAACACCCUAUUUCUUUAAUCAAAAACAAAGAUCUAAUAGUGUGGCUUUGCGAGUUAGAGUCAGAAAUGCGCUCUUCUUUGUCGAAAAAAGUCUUACUUGCCGUGGAUGAAUUGAAGCUUAUUUUUGCAGAUGGCGCAAAAGAGAUUGUUGAACCGUUAAAAUCAUUUCUUGAAAGGCCAUGUCAAGUCUUGAUUGUGGCUUUCCAGGUAUAUUUCACACUGUUAGUUGAAACUUCUUUGGCUAACGAUCAGUUAUCCGAAGCUCGUGAUUUUUACGCCAAUAUUAUCAAAGUUUUAGUACAAAUCACGUUAGAAUCCACUACCUUACUUCAAAGACACAAGCUUCAGUCUAUUAUUGUCGAAAUCAUUCACCAUAGGGAUGUUGUUGAGGAGUUGCUGAAUGAAGAAUGCAAACUAGCUGCAUGGAAUUGCAAACAGCGGUACUACCUAAACUCCCAAUGUAAUGAUCCCCUAGAAAGUAUCAUUAUAAAGCUUGGGAGAAGCGAAUUCUUUUACGGCUUUGAAUAUCAGGGAGUUCCCGAUCGGUUGGCUUAUACACCUUUGGUUGAGAAAUGCUUCCUCUCUAUGGCUCAAGCUUUAGCUCAAAAAUUAGGAGGAUCUCCUUUCGGUCCCGCAGGAACCGGUAAGACUGAAUGCAUCAAAGCAUUAGGUAUUAACAUGGGAAGAAUGGUUUUGGUAUUCAACUGUGAUGAAACAUUUGACUAUCUAUCGAUGGGUCGGAUCUUGCUUGGUAUUUCUAAAGUUGGGUGUUGGGGUUGUUUUGACGAAUUCAAUCGACUUGAAACCAAUAGCUUGAGUGCACUUUCUUCUCAAAUAUGCAACAUUGAAAGGGGUCUCAAGGACUUUUCUGAAAUCGUUGAGAUUUCGGGGAAAAUGAUAAAUGUUCAUCCUGAUACUGGAAUAUUCAUAACAAUGAAUCCAGGGUAUGUGGGUAGAAAUGAACUUCCUGAAAACUUAAGAAAACAAUUCAGAGAGUUCUCCAUGCAUGAACCGGAGAAGGAAAAUAUAGUGGAUGUGAUAUUAGCUUCUCAUUGCUUUCUACAUUCAGCGCUGAUUGCAAAACUUUUAACACCAUUUGUAACAGAACUUGCUAGUUCGGUAACGAAACAGCCUCAUUAUGAUUUCGGAUUGAGGGCAGUUAAAAGUAUCUUGAGCAGAUGCGGCUUGACCCGAAGACAGAAACUCGAAACAUUAACUGAAGGCCAGGAAUAUGAUUUUGAAAUGAAGAUUCUCCUCCAGUGUUUAAAGGACUCUAUUCUCCCCAAGUUAAUUAAAGAAGAUGAGCAAAAAUUUGACUCACUUCUUCUGAAGUAUUUUCCAAACAUUAAUCCAGAUGGGAGAGAUCAAGCUCACUUCAUUGAAGGGUUGCUUCGCUAUGCAGAAAAAAAUGGCAUUGAUGCCAACGAAAUGUUUGUAAAGAAAGCACUACAAAUUUUGCAAAUUCAGGAGAAUCACCAUGGAUUUAUGCUUGUUGGCAAAACAUGUUCUGGAAAGACUACGCUUUACAAACUGGUAUUAAAUGUUCUCGCUGGCUCUUCCAACGGAUUUGAAAUUUUUGUUAUUGAUAGCAAGGUCUUGUCUAAAGAAGAGCUUUAUGGUGUUUUGGACCCAAUUACUCGAGAUUGGAGUGACGGUAUUUUUACAAAGAUAUUGAGAAGUGCAGCUACUAACUUACGCGGAGAACAGAGUAAGCGUAUUUGGAUCGUUUUCGAUGGAGAUAUUGAUCCUGAAUGGGCCGAGAAUUUAAACAGUGUUCUUGACGAUAAUAAGCUUUUGACUUUACCAAAUGGUGAAAGAAUUGAGUUGGCACCAAACCUCAGAAUCCUUUUCGAAGUGGACAGCUUGAAGUAUACGACGUUAGCAACCAUCAGUAGAUGUGGGAUGGUUUGGUUUGACCGCUCAAUUGUUCCUAGCACAUCUUUGUGGGAUCACCAUUUCUUCAAAUUCGCGACAGGUAUCAGCUCUCUGGACAAUUCGGAUGACAUCGUGGUGUUGGAGACACGGAAACUGAUUAUGAGUCAGUUUGUGGUUCUCGCGAAACGCUUGACUUCAGAAUUACCGCUUCAAGAAAUCAUAAGAGAGGCAAAUAAGAUUAAUCAUAUUAUGACCUUUGAUGAACAACGGUGUCUUAGCAGCUUUUUUACUUAUUUCACCACACAUUGCUCUUCAGUUCUCAAAGAAAAAGAACGAGAUCCAUCAGUGCAGCUUGGUGAUCUCGAAAUAUUUGUUUCUAAAGCAUUCAUACUCUCAUUAGUUUGGGCGUUUGCAGGUGAUGCCAAAUAUGAACAGAGGAUCCAAUUUUCUCGCUACGUUGGGUCUUUUGAAAGUUUCUCAAGUAUUGAUAUACCCGAAAAUAUCCUUGAACUGAAAAUUUCAAUUCCUGAUUUUGAAUGGGUACCUUGGUCGACUAUGGUUGAAACAGUGGAUCUAGAGCCGCAUCAUGUUCUUGACGCUAAUACAAUUGUUCCAACGGUGGAUACAGUCAUCCAUGAAUCUCUUAUUCACGGAAUUAUCAAUAAGCAUUCAGCGUUGAUAUUAUGCGGACCUCCAGGUUCGGGUAAAACUAUGACAUUAUUGAACGCGUUGCGACGGUCUCCUAAUCUUGAUGUUAUUUCUUUGAAUUUUUCCAAAGACACAUCACCGCAAACUGUUCUUUCUGCGUUACAGCAGCAUUGUGCGUAUAAAAGAACUAAUUCGGGUAUGAAGUUGAUGCCAAAGGUCUCGGGUAAAUGGGUCGUAGUAUUCUGCGACGAAAUAAAUUUACCAGUCGUUGACAAAUACGGAACCCAAAGAGUUAAUGCUUUCAUUAGACAGAUGAUAGAGCACUCAGGAUUUUGGAGACCUAAAGACUUGACAUGGGUAACUAUCGAAAACAUUCAAUUCGUGGGGGCUUGUAAUGAUCCUAAUGAUCCCGGAAGACACAAGUUAUCGGAUAGAUUCAUGCGACACGUCACCUUGGUUAUGGUUGACAAUCCUGGUCCAACGUCUUUGAAGCAAAUAUAUCAGACUUUCAACAAAGCUAGUUUGAAAUGUACCCCGAAAUUGAGACAGUUCAGUGAUGCCAUAACCAAUGCCAUGUUAGAUGUCUACAGCCGAAACAAGAAACAAUUUACUGUUGAAAAGCGGAGUCACUAUAUCUAUUCUCCUCGUGAGCUUACAAGAUGGUGCCGUGGUGUCUUAGAGGCUUUACUAUCUGUGAAUUACUCAGAAUUAUCUGGCUUAAUCAGGCUAUGGUACCAUGAAGGUUUACGACUCUUCUAUGAUAGAUUGGUGGACGAAGACGAGCGAAAAUGGUGUAAGGAAACCUUCUGGAAAGUUGGAACUGAGUGCUUCCCGCAUGUCCCGUUAGACGUCCCGCUCAAAGAUCCGGUUUUAUUUUCCACAUGGUUAACUUCUGACUACGAAUCAGUUGAUGAGCUAGAGUUGAGGAAUUUCGUUCGCGAACGUCUUCGUGUUUUUAAUGAAGAGGAGCAAUCUGUCGAUUUGAUACUCUAUGAUGAUUUGUUAGAUCAUGUGCUACGCAUCGAUAGAGUUUUAAGACAACACCAAGGACAUGCAAUUUUGGUGGGCCCAAGUACAAGUGGUAAAACUACAUUAACUCGCUUUGUUGCGUGGAUGAAUGGCUUGAAAAUCAUUCAGUUGAGAGUACGAUCAGGAUUUUCUAUUUUGGAUUUUGAGGACACACUACGCUCUAUCCUCUUUUCUUGUGCCAAAGGUGAAAAGUUGUGCUUCCUAAUUGAUGAAUCUUCUAUUCUUGAAACCUCAUUCGUGGAACGCAUGAAUUCUCUUUUAGCAAAUUCGGAGGUUCCUGGCCUAUUUGAAGGAGAUAAUUUGCAGAAUUUGCUCAAAAUAUGCCGCGUGGAGUCAACUGCCCAAGGAUUGCUCCUCGACAGCGAUGAAGAAUUAUACUCAUGGUUUACCAAGCAAAUUUCCGAAAACUUGCAUGUUAUUUUCACCAUCAGUAACCUCAGUGGUGGAACAAAACCCCAAGUCAACUCUUCUCCCGCUUUAUUCAACAGAUGUGUUUUGAGCUGGAUGGGAGACUGGUCAGAUAAUUCGUUAUUUGAAGUAGCCUCAUCCAUUGUGGGAGGUGUGGCCCUUGAUCAAUCUUCCUAUAUCAUACCAGAAUCUUUCACGCCUUCGACUCUUCAUCAGAUAUCCAGCUUUAGGGAAGUCAUUGUUGACUGUCUUGUUUUCAUUCAUAAAACAAGUCUGAAGGCAAAUAAAGCAACAUAUCCCAACAAAUUCAUCAAGUUUGUUCAAACAUUCGUAUCACUCUUUGAAAAAAACCAAGGCGAAUUGGAAGAAAACCAACGACAUACGAAUAUUGGACUAGACAAGUUAAGAGAGACGGUUUUAGAGGUUAACCAAAUGAAAAAAGUACUCUUUGAGAAGAAAGAGAUACUCAUGUUAAAGGACGAAGAUGCCAAGAAGAUGCUCAAUAAAAUGAUUGUGGGCCAGAAUGAAGCUGAGCGUAAAAGAGAGUUCUCUGUUGCAACGCAAGUUGAGCUUGAGAAACAAGAAUUGGAAAUAAACGCUAGGCGGGCUAAAGUCAUGCAAGAUCUCGAACUAGCAGAACCAGCGGUUCUAGAAGCUCAAAGAGGUGUUCAAAAUAUAAAGAAGCAACAUCUCACGGAAAUGAGAAGUAUGUCAAACCCUCCAAGCGCAGUGAAGUUGGCAAUGGAAUCUGUUUGCAUUCUUCUUGGUUACCAAGUCUCUACUUGGAGAGACGUUCAAUUGAUUAUAAGAAAGGAUGAUUUCAUUACAAGUAUUGUCUCUUACGAUAACGAAACGUGCCUAACAUCUGAAAUGAGAAAAUACAUGGAAGAAGUUUACCUUUCGAGACCCGAUUUCAAUUAUGAAACAGUUAACAGAGCAAGUAAGGCUUGUGGGCCAUUGUUGCAAUGGGUGAUCGCCCAAUUGAGAUAUUCUACAAUUUUAGAAGAAAUUGGACCUUUGAGAGAAGAAGUCGUGGCAUUAGAGACAUCAGCCACAAAAUCUAAAGCGCAGUUAAUUGCAAUUGCGGAAAUGAUCGAAGAACUUGAACAAAGUAUUCAAGGUUAUAAAAAUGAUUAUAGUGAGCUUAUCAGAGAAGCAGAGAGGGUCAAACUUGAAAUCGAAAACAUCGAAAAGAAAGUGGAUAGAAGUUUGAAGUUGAUCGAGAAUUUGACAAAGGAAAGGCAAAGAUGGCAGGCGAGCAUCAAUGCAUUUGAGGCCGGAAGAGAACGGAUUAUCGGUAACUCUAUACUUGGUGCUGCGUUCUGCUGUUUCUGUGGCAAUCUUGAUCAAAGCCACAGACAUUUAGUCGCAAAUCAAUGGAAGGAAAAGCUUCGCAGAUCGGCCGUUUUCUUUGACGAAAGUUUAACAAUUACUUCUAUGUUGGCGAGCGCCGUUAACAUCGCUAAAUGGGCAUCUGCUGGCUUACCAAAUGACCAAUUGUUUAUUGAUAACUUUAGUAUAAUGGGUUGGUCGACUUUCCCAUACAUUGUUGAUCCGACAGAGAAUCUCGUCACUAUAUUGAAGGAAGUCACAGUUCCAAAGAAAAUGAUAGUAACGAGUUUCCUAGAUGACACAUUCAUAAAAGUGCUCGAAGAUGCGAUGAGAUUUGGUGGGACAAUUUUGAUUCAAAAUGCUGAAGCAUACGAUCCUAUUCUCGAUUCAGUAUUACGUCAGGAUUAUAUUCAUAAUGGUGGAAGAAAAUCCUUACAGAUUGCCAAUAGACUCGUUGACAUCCUGGAUGAUUUUUCUUUGAUUCUUUACACCACUGAUAAUCGUGUUAAGAUACCUCCCUUUGUCUCUUCGAGAUGCUCGGUGCUCAACUAUUCUAUCACUGCUGGGAAUUUGGAGAACCAAGUAUUGAAUAUUUCCUUGAAACAUUCACGGCCAGACUUGUAUUCAAAGAGAAUUGAGUUAAUUUCGUUGCAAAGUGACUAUCAAAUUCGCUUGCUUGGAUUAAGACAGCUGCUCUUGCUGAUUCUAAAUGAUAUUUCAGGCACUAUAUUAGAAAGUGACGAGGUCAUCGAGUCUUUAGAGCGCAUUGAAUCGGAGUCUUCCGAUAUUGAUACGCGCAUUGGCGAGUCAGAAGUUGUUAUGUCUGAAGUGAACAAGAUCAGAAAUGAACAUACUGAACUUGCUAAUCAUUCUAAGUCGAUAUACCGUAUUCUAAUGGCUUUGGCCCUGUGGAAUAGCUUUUACAACUUUUCCUUGAAUACCUACAUUGAGAUAUUUAUGAAAGUUUUGAACAAUAGCAAUGAUCUUGGGCAGCUUGAAAAUUUCGUUAGCAGCCUCUAUCAUGAAGUCUUUAUCAUGGUUGCCCCUACUUUACAACGAUUGGAUAAAAUUGUAUUUGCUGUUGCUUUGGCCAUUUCAUUCCAUUCGAUUGAAACGAACCCCCAAAUGGCGGUUAUGUUGAAAGCAAUCUUGGAAGAGUUUUACUGCAGUGACGAAAAGAAAAGAGGUGCUGUCGAUUUGCUAAGAUUGUGUUUGGCACUGACUGUUCCAGAAAAUAUUGCUGACCAUUGGAGUGAAAUUUUUGAGCUCAACAAGGAGAACGAAACUUUCAAAAUACUUUCAGGAUUUAUUAGACAUCUAGUUGGUGCUCCGGGCUGCGAAAGUACACUUAUGGAAGUUUAUGAAAGUUUUGCUUCCCUGAUUCUUCUGGUUGGUUUUGAUUCUGAUAAAUGUUAUGGUAUAAAAGAAUGGGUACAUUUUAACAGACGUCCAAUUUUGAUUUCAUCUACCGAGAACGUCGACGUCACAUUUAAAGUGCAACAAGUUGCGAAGUUACUCGAGAAAGACACUCGUGUGGUUUCUAUGGGGUCAAAGGAAGGUGUUGAUGUUGUUUUAAAAGAACUAGAAGAAGGUUCUUCCAAAGGAACUUGGCUCAUUGUUCAAAACAUUCAAUUGGCGUCAUAUUGGCUUCCAAAAUUACAAAGAAUUCUUGAAGCGAUGUCGUCCCAUGAAUCAUUCCGUCUUUUCUUGACAUGCAACUUGAAAGCAGAGGAUAUUCCAAGCGGACUCAUAGCAAUGUCACAAGUACUCACAUAUGAAAACCAACAAAGCUUCAAGGCUACAUUGCUUGAAACGUUCGAGAACAUAGUUUCUAUGAAUGAUGCAGGUACUUUCAAACACGUUGCUUUCCUCUUGAGUUGGUACCAUUCUAUUAUACGAGAACGGUUAAAAUAUGUACCCGAAUCCUUUGAGAAGCUUUACGAUAUGAACGAAACAGAUGUGGCUGCAGCCGGAUUUUUUGUGCAAAAACUCUAUUCAAACACGCCUAGAGCUCAUGAAAAUCCAGAUCAAAUCUCAUGGAAAGAGAUUAGUUAUGUGGUUGGCAAUAUAAUCUAUGGAGGAAAAAUAUCUAACGAACUGGAUGCACAAUAUUGCACUGAGUUAGCGAGACAUGUUUUCUCUAGUGAUGUAUUCCACCAAGAUUUCAAUUUGGUCCGCAACGGUGAAGCCAAGGUAAAAAUGCCUGACUGUCUCAGCAUCAACGCCUACAAAGAGUGGAUUGAAAAUCUUCCAGAAGUUGUUCCUUUGAGUUGGUUGGAAUUGAGUGAAGAUGUAAACACUACACUUAAGCAGAAAGAGGCCAAAGUAGUGGCGAGCAAAGUUGUGCAAAUUUAUAAGUAA